GACUGGCAUGUCGGUACGUUUGUGAUAAAUACUCUGAUAAUGCAUACACUUGGAACUCUACGUUUUAUUUUCCACCUAUGGCAGACGGAAUGUGCUGCAUAGUGAAGUUAUUUAAUGGGCUUUCAGCACCAGAAUCGUACUUUGCUCGCCAGACGUAAUAUUUUUGAAGCGGAAGUCAUUAUUCAUUUGGCUACUGAAUGACAGUUUUGUUCCAAAGGUCACGUAUAAGAACCGCAGCGUAUCUAGUUAUCCUUGUAUUCUGAAAUAACUCUGGACGGAUCGCAUAUGCAGUUAUCAUGCAAGCAGGCGGGGAUAAUUUUGGAAUAUGGGUCUCACAUUUAGCAAGCUUGAUCUGUUCGGCUCUAGCGCAGCUUACUCCAUCAUUUACUUCAUCCUCCCAGUUACGGCCGUACAGUAGCGGUGCUAGCGGAAACACCGGUGGUCAACAAUCGUACUCUUACUACACAUCCAACAAUGUCAACGCAAAUGCCGGUAUGCAGCCGCAGGCGUACAACUACAGCUAUUCAUGGCAAAGCGGAAAUGCCGGCAGCGGAGGUGCCGCAAGUGGACAACGUCCAGCUAACAACAACAAUCAGCAGUGGUCUAACGGCGGAAGCAUGAGCAGCAACACCGGCAAUCAAGAUAAUUCCUUCGAUUAUUCGGGUUCGAGUGGUGACUAUCAGACGGGCGGCCCUGACAGCUAUCAGCAAAAUGGCGCCACGGGAGGUUCGAUCUCGGUUUACUCCGCUAGCGAUGCAUCUGGUACAGCUAAUCCUUACCGUCCAUUUUCAGGGAGUUUUGAUUCUUACAACCAGGCAGGAUUGGGGUACGCCGGUGUCAGUGGUAGUGCCAGCAGCAGCGGUAACGGUAACACUAAUACCCAGUCCCAGUCAUCGGGACGAAUGGCGCCCCCUCGACCGUUGGGGCCCAUUCUUAACACAAACAAUCCACAAACUCCCGGCAUUGGGCCCGAUAGUUAUCAGCAGCCGACGGGGAGCAGCGGCAACAGGUUGCCCUUUGGGGGCAGCGGUGGAUCUUCUUCCGGCAGCCAGAACAGUGCCUCGUUUUCCGGGUCGGGAGGAGUGCAGGCAUCCAGCGGUAGUCAGUCGUAUACCAACAUUGCGGGACAGGGUGACGCGUCGGAAACGUGGCAGGGCGGGAAUGCCAUUUAUGCCACUGGGUACACCGGAGCUCCGGGGGCUUGUGUGCUGGACGGGACUGAUUACUAUGUAAACAUGCGGAAUGAGCUCAUAAGAGUCGAUCCCACGGCGGAAAUGGUAGGAACGGAUACUGAAGUGCGGAUUACCGGCAAUGUACAGUAUGCGUUUCAUGGGAUGGAUGAUGCGGUAUGGUUUGUGGAUACUAAUGGACGAGCUUGGCGGCUUCACUAUCGAAAAAAUCCUGAAAUGGUACCGAACCAACCACAAGUUCGUUUUACUCGCAUUUCCCCACGAAACUGGGACGAAGCUCUGGCGGCAACUGACAGCGGUGACCUUUACCGUUACACAAACCAUAAGUGGAUCCGUGACCGCAGCGCAUCGAACGUGCGGGAUGUCGGUGUGGGGAACGACGGAAUGCAGAUGUAUGUCGAUCGAAACCAGCGAAUAUUUAUGUGGAACUGGGAGACCAACGCUUGGGUGCCGUACGAAGUCAACGGAAAAGGUUUCGAUCUGUACGAUGCCGAUCAUGUCGUGGUGUUUGACAAUUCCAACAAUGUUCGCAAGAGAGUGAACGGACGAUGGGUGGGAGAUGCUGAGAAGUGCAAGGACGUCUUUCUGCGCGACGAUUCAUAUUACUGCAUUACGCCUGAUAAUUCUGUCCAUAUUGUGCUUUAUUAGCGAGAAAUUACACUUUGAAUUUAUGAUACAAUGUCCCGCUAUUCGUGUAUCCUGGAAGUUGUAAUAAUACUGCUCUACAAUUUAACUGUGACUCUGCAUAUUUAAUUAGCAGAAAUUCAGAAUUAAUAACGGAGAAAA